AUGCCCAGACCUCCAAAAGAUGAGGAAGCAACAAAGAACGAGGUCGAACUGAAAGAAACGAAGCGUGCGUGCGCACGCUUAGUGGUCGACAACAAUGAAGAGAACUUAAUUAUCGAACUGAAUGAAAAGACUGAACUCCCCGUUUACCUUGGGAGAGAGGGAAAAGAAUUUAAAGAGAAGGGGACUUUUGUCAACUUGAAGAAAUACACCGAGGCCAAAACGAUCUCACACCUCCACGCCAAAAUACUUUAUGACGCAAAGCAAAGGGCUUAUACAUUCUUGUCGAUAGGUCGAAAUGGGACGCACGUCGAUGGUGAAGCGCAUUUGAAGGAGCAAGGUGAGCUUGUAUUGUGUGACAGGUCUGUCAUACAGAUUGGAGGAUUUGCGAUGAAGAUCAUUUACUGUUAG